AUGCCGCAGCCGGAGAACCCCUUCGCUCACUUCUUGCACUCCCAAGCACGCCGUAAAUCCGAGUCCGCUGCAAUCCCAAUCUACGACCGUGAUGUCAAGCGCGACACGGCGACAAGCUCCACGGCACGCAACCCCUUUGCGCCGCCGGUCCCACCAAAGGACGAGCCGCGUGAGAGCGCGUCUACUUCACCAGCGAUAAGUGGGACAAGGAAUACUCUGUCCGCUCUGGAGAAGGAGUGGAUGCUGAACGACUGCAUUCAACCGACCUUGGCACGUGAAGAUAAGCUGAGGCAAGAAUACUCACCGAAGAGUAUGAGGGCGGUAGCCGAAAGCGAAAGUCGGGACGGAAGGUCACCCGCACGCCGGAUACAUCCAGCUUUAAGGUCGAUCUCAUCACCGCCACGAGGUUUUAUAGCCCUCCGGGAGAGUGUACAAGAUAGCGGGGUCGACGUGUUCAGUCCUGUAAUCUCCAGCGAAGCAACAUCGGAGGACGCCAACAGCGAAGUCAAGUCGAAGGCCACAAAGCGCGAUACCGUCGCCGAUCUCUUCAGCGAGAUAAUGGGAACCGGCAAAGCGCCGCGAAUACCUCGUCAGAGAGUGCUAGACGAGGUCUCUACACGUUCCGCCGUGCCACCUCCCCUGCGUAUACCCAGCAAGCCCAAGCCGUCUCCUCGUGGUAGCGCCCUACCGCCGACGCACAAGUAUAAUAAGCUAGAGCUAGGCGGCCGUCCUUCACUCCAGAUCGUAACGACUUUCGCCGAGCCCAGAACCGCACCAGAGCCGCUCACCAGUCGUCGCAGUUACACGAAGCGCAUGAGUCACCAGCAGGGUCGUAAGGAUAGACCAGCACGGGCGUCGAUGAUGCGAUGGAGUCUCUUCCCGAAAGAUGCGCAAGUAACACCGCCGCAAGUACCAGAACCACGGAAUGAGACACCGUCCAUACCCCGGAAGAGCAGCAAGAGAGGCAGGAGUAUCACCUUGGAAGAGCCUUUGCUCCCAAAGAAGAUACAAGUUCCUCUUGAAGAAAGUGUGCCACCGCCUCUCACCAAGCAACGGCGCGCGCAAACCUUUCCAGCGCAAAAGAGUAAUCACAAACUGCGGAAGGAUUCAAACAUUCGUCUUUCACCUACCCUGCCCCAGCGCAGGAAUACACAUCACAUCACCGUGAACAGGAUGCGCGAUCCAGACGAGGCCUUCGAGGAACUUAUCGCGCUCCGCAGACGUGCGACCGUUGACGUCACGGAUGGCGCACCUACCGUGCCUGCCAGGGCGGAUAGCAAACCCCACGGUAGCGGCGGCGGUAGUGGAGGGAAUUGUUUCGGCUUAUACACCACAGCAAAAGGCCGCAUCGACGAUAUCGUCGAAGUAGUGCGAAGCGUGAGAGAAAAGAAUAGGGCGAGGAAGAAGCGGGAGAAGAUGAUGGCUGAGGUGCGGAGGAAGUAUGAGGAGAUGGCUAGUGCUACUAGUAAUCAGACGGGUGGUGAGGGAGGGUAUAAGUGGUUGUAA